GCAAGGCUUGGUAGAGGCGACCAUACCCUGCUAUGGUCUGGAGAAACGAAGAGCUAGAGCAAUUCAUUAUCAGUUUAGUAUCGGCCAAUAUAAAACUUCGGGUAUGUCUUUUCUGUGUUUUAUUGCAAACGUUCUUAACGUCUAUAAUGUGACGGCAUCUCGCUGAACGGGCGCGCUUUAAAUGAGGCACACGCAAAGUGGGACUUCAGCGUUCUUUUUUGAUGGUCUUGUUUCAUCAUUAUCAUCACUAUCAUUAGUAGCGCGCUGGCAUUUUGUUUUCGGGGCUCUGGCAAGAAGUGAUAAGAAUCUAGACCCCUCCCCUGCAGGGCGGAGCGUGCAUUUUUAUGUCGAUUUUUGUAUCUUUUUUUUCUUCUGGGCUUCUGCUCUGACACGUCCACACUGAGUGAGUGGCAUUGGCACAUUGUCAAUCGCUCACUACGGCUGCCAUCAAACAACAUAAAACACACACAACCCAAAAGCUCGCCUCAUAAAUUUGAGCAAGCAGAUAUUUUUGCGCAUCGCUUUAUGGCGUGUAAUUAAUUUUUCGCGAGUUUUUUUUUUUGUUUUUGUUUUCCCCACUCAUCCUGAGAAAACUUUUCUCCGUACAUUUUAUAUAUAUUUUUAUUGUCACGUUUAUGCUGUAAUUCUUGCUGCCGGUGCUUAUUAUUUCAUUUAUUUUUAAUUUCUAGAUCACAUUUUUGGAAAACCUUUUGAAAGACAUCAUUUUGGCAACUAUUCGUACCGAACGUUUUACGUUUUUUCUUUUAAAUGUUUUAUUUGUUUAAUUUGUUCUAUUAUUCGUUUCCCUAAGAACACUGGAUAUUUUGAUUCCAUCUAUCUGUAGUGUGGAUUUGAGCAUUUUUUUCAAGAAGUACAAAAGAAGAAAUUAUAUACAGAAGAUUGCUAAUCACAGGCAAAAAAUCCAACUGAUCUCCAAGGAGCUUCAACAGUUCAGUUUUUCAAAGAGAAGAGAAAGUCAAUUUGGCAUGAAGGUUCGGACAAUUUUCAGCGAACAACCGUGUUACUUACAUGCUAAGUUUAAAUAAUAUCCGAUAUCACUGCUGAUAUUUCUUCUAUAGGGCAUAUUCAACGCGGGUUUUGAGGACAAUUUUGAUUUUUUUUUUGGUUUGAGAAAGUGAUUCUUUGGACGAACAGGUCUACUGUAUCACUGGUGGUCGCAAUACAUGCUAUUCGCCUUCUUGCCGCGAAAGCGUUUUACCGUCAACAUUUCGGAGACGAUACUACCCUGCAAAUCACUGCUCAUGAUUUAAUGUAGUUGAUUUUGCAUGUGUUCAUCCAACGUUUAUUUACCAUUCCCAGUGACUAAGUAGAAGCGCAUUGAUUGUGUUGCGGCGGACUAUGGACGAACAAGCGCGGAUCAUGCAGACUCUCGGCGGUGUCAAUUUGGCUGGUCACUCGGUACAAGGAGGCAUGGCACUGCCGCCUCCACAUGGACACGAUGGGACUGAUGGGGACGGAAGAAAACAAGACAUCGGUGACAUUCUACAUCAAAUCAUGACCAUAACAGACCAAAGUCUGGACGAGGCGCAAGCAAAAAACAGGAAACAUGGACUCAACUGUCACAGAAUGAAGCCUGCCCUCUUCAGCGUACUCUGCGAGAUCAAAGAGAAAACAGGUCUGAGUAUCCGCGGAGCACAGGAAGAGGACCCCCCGGACCCACAGCUCAUGCGCCUGGACAACAUGCUGUUGGCAGAGGGCGUGGCCGGCCCAGAGAAGGGCGGGGGCUCGGCAGCCGCCGCUGCGGCCGCAGCCGCAUCAGGCAGCCCUACCGACAACUCCAUUGAGCACUCAGACUACCGUGCCAAGCUCUCACAGAUCCGACAGAUCUACCAUACUGAGCUGGAGAAAUACGAGCAGGCAUGCAACGAGUUUACAACCCACGUAAUGAACCUGCUGCGGGAACAGUCACGCACACGGCCCAUCUCGCCCAAGGAGAUCGAGCGCAUGGUCAGCAUCAUCCACCGCAAGUUCAGCUCCAUCCAGAUGCAGCUCAAACAGAGCACAUGCGAGGCCGUCAUGAUCCUGAGGUCCCGCUUCCUUGACGCCAGACGGAAACGACGAAACUUCAGCAAACAGGCCACAGAAAUCCUGAAUGAAUACUUCUACUCCCACCUCAGCAAUCCCUACCCAAGUGAAGAAGCCAAAGAGGAACUGGCCAAGAAGUGCAGCAUCACGGUAUCCCAGGGGGUGGGAAGCACCAUCACAGUGGCACAGGUAUCCAACUGGUUUGGAAACAAAAGGAUCCGCUACAAGAAGAACAUCGGAAAGUUCCAGGAGGAGGCGAACCUGUAUGCUGCCAAGACGGCUGUGAACGCGGCGCACGCCGUGGCCGCCGCAGUGCAGAACAGCCAGACCAACUCGCCCACCACACCCAACUCUGGAUUCCAGAUGAAAGAUGAAGAGUUUCAGCUGGACUCUGCAGAGAACAAAAACACUCUAUUAACCAACAUGUUUACUGGUUCGUCAGGUUCUUUUAACCUCCCAAACUCGGGGGACAUGUACAUGAGCAUGCCCAAUCCGAAUGGGGAUUCUUACCAAGGGCCACAAGUCGGAGCCAAUGUGCAGUCACAGGUGGAUACCCUGCGCCAUGUUAUCAGUCAGACGGCAGGAUACAAUGAUGCUCUGGGGGGGAGCUCCAUGUACAGUCCACAUGGCAUGAAUGCUAACGGGGGAUGGCAAGACGCUACGACCCCAUCCUCUGUCAUUUCCCCUACAGAAGGCCCUGGUAGUGUGCACUCUGAUACCUCGAACUGAUCUCUUCACUGACACAGCCUGUCCCAGACUGCGAAUAGACCACAUACACCCAUGGACUGACCAAUCAGAAACUCACUACCAAUUCGUCCUCCCUGAACCUUCAAACGAUCAUGUCUGUGUUCAUCACCGACGUUCUCCAGAACAUCCGGAAGUUUCGAUGACCCUUAGGAACUGAAUCAUUUGCUCUCUGCAGUCCACACAACUGGUGACUUUACUAAUCAUUCCUGCUUUGCACAUACUCAUCAAUCUUUUUUCUUCUUCUGGUAUAUAAUGUAUACAUUCUCAGAGUUUGUGUGGAUUACAUGGUCUCUGAUCUAUGUGAGUCUUUUCAGUGAAUAUACAUUUAGAAUAGACAUUCUUUAUUAUCCAUUUCCAUUACUUAUCACUGGUCUACCAUAUACAAGGAUACCAGUAAAUAUUUUAACCCAUUCAUUUUACAGGCCUUAUAUGCUACAGAAGGCAGCUUUGGGAACUUCAGAAAUCUCUUUAUUUAACCUUUUUUAACCUUUCAUAAAUUAAGUCCUUGUGGUACUAAAUUGGAUGACAUAAAUGAGACGAUCUGCUCCAUUUUGGGGGUUAACUAAUAGUUAACUAAUAAUAAUAAAAAAAAUAUUUUUGACAUAAAACAUUGCAUCAUUGCAUCAUGACAUGCAACGUAAAGCAAAGUCUCACAUUAUGAGACAUUUUUUUUUACUAUAUAUAUAAAACACAAAAGUCUUACAGUCUUACAGUUACACCGGUAUGUUUAGGACUUACUCUAUUUUGGCAUGUAGGGACUCCAUUCACAGACAGAAAAAAAGAAAAAAAAAUUGUCUUGUAUAUAAUAUAGCUUAAGAAUAUUUAUACAUCUCACAAAUCAAUACACAGCUUUAUUACCUCAUUCAGACUCAUAGAAAAACCAAUAGAUUUCCAGACAUUUCUCUAGCAUAGAGUGCUCACUGACUACCUCUCAACAAUGUCACCACCAUCCCUUCAGCUUUUCCUUUUUUACAUAGUUUCAUUUGGUUGCAUCUUGUAAUACAUUUUUUUUUCUUCUCUCCAUGUAAUCUAAUGUAUAUUUUAAUCUUCUAAGAAAAAUGUGUUGCUUUCUUGCAACUUCUAAAAAGAAAAAAAUAUUAGAUAUCAUAAUAAUGACCAUAAUAGGAAUAAUAUGAAUAAUCCAGAGAGCGAGCAGGAGAUUGUGGUGGGAAGGGCAGUUGGGGUGGGGGGUGGUACUAAAUAUUAACACCAAACAGUUCAACUGUUGUAAAUAAUGAAGAACAUUUUGAAUGUUGCUCAUCUUGUUACUAAUUCACUUAAAAAUGGACAAAAAAAGGACAUGAUCUGUAAUGCAUAGGUUUCAGUAUUCAGAACUGUACAUUUCAGGCCCUGUGUGACAGGGUUACAACUUUCUUUCUCUUUUUUUGUAUCGUAUGUGAUUCUGAAACUGAUUAAAAAAGUCAUAAAAAUUGAUUUGUGGCAGUGAUUCUAAUGUAUUAAAGAUGUUUCGUGUUUCUUUCUAACCAGACUACACCCUGACUGAAAAGUCUUCCUUGUGGUAGUUAUGUGUAAUUUCAAACAUGAAUAAACUUUUUCCUUUGAUGAUGGAA